CCUCACUGGACACCGCGAGCCUCCCCGCGCGCGGACGGACUCCUCUCUCUCUCCCUCUCUCCCCCUCUCUGUCUGCCCCCGCCGCGUCCGUCCGUCCGUCCGUCCCGCCGCUGGCGGCACCGCGGGGAAAAAAUGGUGUUAUUUACAUGAACCGUAAUCAAAUAGCCUCUAGACAGUUUGCUAAGCGGGAGCCUCCGUGGAACUCACUCCGCGCCCCUCUCCUCCCAGUUCCCAGAGGUCCCGGGAUUCUUGAGCUGCGCCCAGCUGACGAGCUUUUGAAGAUGGCACAAUAACCAGCCAGUGAUGCCUGACCAUGACAGCACAGCCCUCUUAAGCCGGCAAACCAAGAGGAGAAGGGUUGACAUUGGAGUGAAAAGGACGGUAGGGACAGCAUCUGCAUUUUUUGCUAAGGCAAGAGCCACAUUUUUCAGUGCCAUGAAUCCCCAAGGUUCGGAGCAGGAUGUCGAGUAUUCCGUGGUGCAACACGCAGAUGGGGAAAAGUCAAACGUCCUCCGCAAGCUGUUGAAGAGGGCAAACUCGUACGAAGAUGGUGUGAUGCCUUUCCCAGGAGCGACCAUCAUUUCCCAGCUGCUGAAAAAUAACAUGAACAAAAAUGGUGGCACCGAGCCCAGUUUCCAAGCCAGCGGCCUCUCCAGCACAGGCUCCGAAGUACAUCAGGAGGAUAUAUGCAGCAACUCUUCAAGAGACAGCCCCCCAGAGUGUCUUUCCCCUUUUGGCAGGCCUACUAUGAGCCACUUCGAUAUGGAUCGCUUAUGUGACGAGCACCUGAGAGCAAAACGCGCCCGGGUUGAGAAUAUAAUCCGGGGUAUGAGCCAUUCCCCCAGCGUGGCAUUAAGGGGCAAUGAAAAUGAAAGAGAGAUGGCCCCGCAGCCCGUGAGUCCCCGAGAAAGUUACCGAGAAAACAAACGCAAGCAGAAGCUGCCGCAGCAGCAGCAGCAGAGCUUCCAACAGCUGGUCUCGGCCCGGAAGGAGCAGAAGCGAGAGGAGCGCCGGCAGCUGAAGCAGCAGCUGGAGGACAUGCAGAAACAGCUGCGCCAGCUGCAGGAGAAGUUCUACCAGAUCUACGACAGCACCGAUUCGGAAAAUGACGAUGGGAACCUGUCUGAAGACAGCAUGCGUUCGGAGAUGCUGGAUGCUCGGGCCCAGGACUCAGUGGGGCGGUCAGACAACGAGAUGUGUGAGCUGGACCCAGGACAGUUCCUCGACAGGGCUCGAGCCCUGAUCAGGGAGCAGGAGAUGGCUGAGAACAAGCCCAAGCGAGAAGGUGGCAACAAAGAAAGAGACCACGGGCCAAACUCAUUACAGCCAGACGGCAAGCAUUUGGCCGAGACCUUGAAACAGGAACUCAAUACCGCCAUGUCUCAAGUGGUGGACACAGUGGUCAAAGUCUUUGCAGCCAAACCCUCCCGCCAGGUCCCUCAGGUCUUCCCACCUCUCCAGAUUCCCCAGGCCAGAUUCGCAGUCAAUGGAGAAAGCCACAACUUCCACACCGCCAACCAGCGCCUUCAGUGCUUUGGUGACGUCAUCAUUCCGAACCCCCUGGACACCUUUGGCAAUGUGCAGAUGCCCAACUCCACAGACCAGACCGAAGCACUGCCCUUGGUUGUCCGAAAGAACUCAUCUGACCAGUCUGCCUCCGGCCCGGCCACCGGUGGCCACCACCAGCCCCUGCACCAGUCACCCCUCUCUGCCACAGCGGGCUUUACCACCUCCACGUUCCGCCACCCCUUCCCCCUGCCCUUGAUGGCCUACCCAUUUCAGAGUCCUCUCGGUGCUCCUUCUGGCUCCUUCUCGGGGAAAGACAGAGCCUCUCCCGAAUCCUUAGACUUAACUAGGGAUACAUCGAGUCUGAGGACGAAGAUGUCAUCCCACCACCUGAGCCACCACCCUUGUUCCCCAGCACACCCACCCAGCACUGCCGAAGGGCUUUCCUUGUCGCUCAUAAAGUCCGAGUGUGGAGAUCUUCAAGACAUGUCUGAAAUCUCACCUUAUUCGGGAAGUGCAAUGCAGGAAGGAUUGUCACCCAAUCACUUGAAAAAAGCGAAACUCAUGUUCUUUUAUACCCGGUAUCCCAGCUCCAACAUGCUGAAGACCUACUUCUCCGAUGUAAAGUUCAACAGAUGCAUUACCUCACAGCUCAUCAAGUGGUUUAGCAAUUUCCGUGAGUUUUACUACAUUCAGAUGGAGAAGUAUGCGCGGCAAGCCAUCAACGACGGGGUCACCAGCACGGAGGAGCUGUCCAUCACCAGAGACUGCGAGCUGUACCGGGCUCUCAACAUGCACUACAACAAGGCCAAUGACUUUGAGGUUCCAGAGAGAUUCCUGGAAGUUGCGCAGAUCACAUUACGGGAGUUUUUCAAUGCCAUUAUCGCGGGCAAAGAUGUCGAUCCUUCCUGGAAGAAGGCCAUAUACAAGGUCAUCUGCAAGCUGGAUAGCGAAGUCCCAGAGAUUUUCAAAUCCCCAAACUGCCUACAAGAGCUGCUUCACGAGUAGAGAUUCCAGCCGUCUUUGAAUGUAUGAAUAUUAGCAGUCCCUCUUGGACGUCAAACUUCUAUGUUUCUAGAUUUUGAUUUCCCGUGUGUGUGUGGUGUGUGUGGUGUGUGUGUGUGUGGGAGGCAUGGAUAUGUUAUGUGGUAAUUCCUCUUCAUCCUCUUUCCUUUCCCUUUUUCUUUCCAUAACAAGGGGAUGGGGGUAUUUCCUUCAUCUUAGUUUACUUUUACCCAAGGCCCUUAAUGUUUGGAGACUUAAGCUAGGGUUGAUUUUCAGGGAAAAGGUGUGUUGGCCUGUGUGAGAUCUACGAUUACAAGGCAGGGCAGUUGAUGAGGACACCUCUACAGAAUCGGAGGGGGGGCCAGGGUGAACCCAGACACAGCCGAGCUCCUCAGGUGGUGGCGUGUCUCUUCUUCCUGUGGUUUAGAAGUUCUGAAAGCCCAAUGAAACCACUUAAGUAUCUUGUUUGAAAUGAGCUUAGUAAGUAACUUUUCCUUACAUGUUUAAAGACAUUGUCAAUGGCAGCCUAGCAGCUUGUGUCCCAAAAGUGCCCCCCAAGAAGAAAGUUAAAAAGAAAACAUAAUUGCUACCAAGCCUUUUCUAAGAGAAAAGACAAACACCCCAAAACUAGUAGCAGUUUCUAAUGGAGGCAAAAUUAUUCUGUACAGAACUGAUUUCAAAAUGAGACUGGAAACUCACUCAGUCUUCUAGCCACUUCUGUAAACUUGAUAACAGGUUCUGGGUUAGUCUUCAUAAAGAAAGACCCUAUACUCCCUUAUCAAUUUCUAUUUAUUUUGCUUAAGAUAUUAAAAUGCACGCACAUUUCACAUUCGUUAUUUGCUCUACUUUGUUUGUGUGCUUAGAAGGACUGCCAUUUCUGUUUAACACUGUUUCUCCCGAAAACACUAAUUUCUGAAUACCUUUCUCCAGUAAAGAAUAAAGGAAUUGCCACUGACUAUACAAGCCCUGCCUACACUGGAAGCUUGUUGGCAGCUGUGGGAGACUUAGUCUUCACCUCCAGCAAGGAAUGUUUGUGACAAUGACCUGUUUGCAUAUGCAGUUCCAUACUCCUGUGAUGAGUCUGCAUGAGGUGACAGUCUGUUUCUUCAUUUUAGGUAUAGCAUGUUAAAGCUCCUGACCAUGUCUCUUCUACUUCAGAAAAGCUAGGGUUGACCAAAAUGUGACCAGAGCGUAGAGCCCAGGCUGGCUAGGGGUUAAUCCAGAAGACACGACUUCAGCACACCUAAGAAAGUAGCUGCUAGCUUACCUUUCUCUAAUAGCUCCCUUUUCUUUCUUUCUUUCUUUUUUCAAGUUUAUUGAUGAUGUAUCAUGUCCCAUAUUUGCAUUUACACAACAGAAUGGCAUUCACACCUGUUUUUUUUAGAUGGACUUUUGUGUACAGAUGCAGGAGGAACUCACCAUUUCAUUCUGGAGUAUUCUCCAGGUCCCUCUUCUCUCUUAGGUAAUUUGAUAUACACCUCCUAAAAUGCCACAGUAACAGAUCUGGUAUUAAAAACACACAGAACAUAAAUGCCAUUUUUCCUUAAUUUUUUUUUUAAAUAAAAAUUACAUUUCACUGUGUAGAACACAGGUUGACCCAUGUGACUGAGUGGCUGACCCGAUCACUGUCGUUUAACGUCAUUUGUAAAUUCUGCUGAUGGACAGGAAUGUACAAUCGUUGUCAGCACAAAGCCUUAAAACCUGCUGACUUUCAACUAAGCCCCGCGGCCCUGUGAGGCCCUGCAUCUUCCGAGACGGGCAGGCCCUGGCAGCGCGGGCAGGCGUGGGGCACCUGCCCUCGCGCAGCACUCAUGUCCCCCCUCUCGUGCCCCCACACAUCCACGGAGAACCCUUAGGACCAACUUGUUACCUUUCCGGGUGUCUUUAGAAAGAAAAGUUCAGAUGGCCAUUCCAUUGGAAGAACACCUAAAAACAACAACAAUCCAGUUAACACAAAGCAGGGAAGAAAUCAGAGCUUCCGGGACACACCAGAAGGGUUUUACUCGCUGUCACCUGUGCCGCUGGGUCCUUCUGUUCCACGUCAUGUCAUUCAUGCCAACAGCGUGCUGCCCUUUCCUUUGCAAGGUCAAAGACAAGGCUGGGGCGUGUCCACCUGAAUAGACAGAUCGUUGCCAGGUAUAUUCUUAAUCUAGAGCAAAUGAGAUGUUGAUCGCAGACUUCCUUGAAUUUUCAACACCUUCUUCCCUUGCCUUUCCACUUUAAAUACACAAAUUAAGCAAAAAUGUGUUUUCACCACUAAUCAUCAAUGCACUUACCUACUGAAAGUACCCACUCCAUGUUUGGGGGGGGGUGGGCUUAGAAAUUACUGUCGUAGAAAUCGUGGCAUGAGGAUAAAACUCUCCACUUUGCUCUGAAAAUAGCACUCUAUGGCCUUGCUUCCGUCAGGUAGUUUUGCCCUUUACAAUUAUAGUAUCUCAUGCCUCCCAGGGCACUGGGAAAUGACAAGAAAAACCUCCUAGUUAAUAUUUUUUUCUUUAAAAAAGAAGCAUAUAUAUAUCUCACCAUCUUUCAAAUCUUAGCUCAGCUUUCACCGAGCAGAAAUUGAGCCAUGGGAGACAGUUGGCUUUCCAUGGUGGAGGGAGGCGACAGAGGGACAGCUUACGUAGGAGGGAAAAGGCAGCAUCGGAAGUCCACGCUCAAAGCACACAUCAGCGCGUACUCUCUGCUCGCCCUCCGUUGUUUCUGCGUGUACACUUGAGGUGAUCGUCUGUGCCUAGACCUAAAUGCACCAGCGGGGGGAUUUGUUUAAAUCCUUCAAAAUACCAGUUUUUUUUCCCCACAAGUUCAAUUUUCUUGUGCCUUCUGUGGCUUUCAGUUUCAUCCUUUUGACUUUAUUUCCAAUUACUACAGCUGCAAUAAACACGAGAAUUUUUUUUUUUUUCUGGCUGUUUGACAUAACGUUGAUAGCUAUGCAUACUUUGUGUCUUUUUAAAACAAAGCGGGAGAAUAUGUUUUUGAAGAAGAGAAUUUUUAGAACAGUUUGAUACCGCAAAUUAUUUUUUCCUCAAUUGUUUGAGCAGCAUUCGAGUUUUGAAAAUUCUUGUAGAAGCCAAUUUUUUGUAACUGUGGUGCAAAUCUUGUGUUUUCUUAGCCUAAUAAAAAGUAGCAUAGAAGCAAUAUUUCUUACCAUGUGCUCUGAGUGUACAGAUGUGUGACGUGGCAUCACACGCACACUGAGACACACAUGUAAAAUAUACAUAUAUAUGCGUGUGAAGUGGAAAGCUGAUCUUUUCUUAUCUAGAUUUAAGAACCUAUUUUAGACAUUUGUUCUGUUUUGUGAAAAGAAUGUUCUAUUUGCGACAACAAAACUGACUUCUUACCGUCCCUCUGGCCAUUUCACAAGGACGUUUCACAUUAAAUGGUAAAUAUGUGGAAGAUGUUAGAAUGUAGUAAUUAUUUAAGUAAAUGUUCACCCAUAUAUUCUGAAGUUUGCUUUGUGCCUCCAAGUAUUAUUUAAUUAGAGUGUUUUAUGUUUGCAGAAUCUUUGUUACUGUACUAGGGUUAUGGGUGAAUAUCAUUUAAAAGUUUUAAAACAAAAAAAAAUCAAAACAGAAACACUAAGCAAGAGGGGAACUUUUAUAAGGCAAUGUAAAUAGUUAACCUCAUGGCUGUUGUUACGUAGGCCAUGAGACCUUAAUAGCUACAUUCUCGAAACAUCUGUUGGAUUUAUUAGGAACACUACACUGACUGUCUAGGCAGUUGAAAGCAUUCCUGAAAAUCCUGCUCUCUACUUUUAAAAGAUAACAGUCUCUUUUAUCAGAUGUCAAGGGCAAGGGUAAUGCCGUUUCUGUAAAUUUAUGAAGUUUCUUUUCUAUGUACAUGAAGACAUUUAGUAAGUAACCCCCCCCAUCUCCACACACAUGCAGGUUAAUAUUGAAUCAUAAAGCUAAAGGGUUGGGGGUUAAAAAUACGAUUCCCCCCCUACAACAAUCAUAAACUCAUCAAAGAAAAAGUGGCUUACAGAAUACCCGGGAAGAAGCAGUGUGUGUGAGGGCAGUGAAAAGUCCUUGCCAUGUAUAUUAUAAAGUACUCAUUGGUGUGAAUAGUACAAAUGUUUCCUUCUGGUACAAGCUCUGUGUUUGCAGCAUUAAUAAGAAUUGUUGUCCAAAGGUCCCUUUUAACUUGAAGCUGGUUCAUAUGGGUUAGCACUUGCUGUAUCGCACUUACAUGUUACGUUGAAGGCCACGCAGUUUGUUUUCUGUAGACUUGCUGGUUGUAAACCAUCUGUAAAACUCAAGCUAAGAUGCUCAUCUUCAGAGCUGGGAUCAAAACUGGUACCAAAUCCUUGUAUCUUCUUAUGAUUAUCCUUCUUAGAACAUACCAGAAUGUGGAAGCGUCUGGACUUUGAGUCUUUUCACCUGAGCCCUCUUUCAGUUCAAACACCCCAAUAUACAGACAUGAGCAGGGGACGCAGACAGACUGAACUUCCUCUGUGAAAAUGGACUCACUUGGUAACUUUUAAAUAUUCAAUUCCUCCAUGUAAGGGAGAAAGUGUUUUAAAGUUGUGUGUAGCCACUUCAUAUUGAAACCUACAAAAAAAAAUGUAUUUGGGGUUGGUCUCAGUGCCCUAAAAGAAUCAAAGGUCACAGCUUCCCUGAUAUUGUCCCAGCCAGUUCUCAUAUGUAUAUAGUAUAAACCGUGAAAAACACUGCCUUUAUAUAAUUUAGCAAUAUGUUGUAAAUAGCAUUAUGAAGCUCUUUUUUUGUAAUAAAGACCCUUUGAUUUGAAUAUAGUACAAUAAUGGAACUGAUAAAGUCAAUUUUUGAUUUUUUUUAGCUAGAGGCAACUUCAAAUGCAUUUUGUUAUUGUCUAUUGUUCUGAAGACUUUGCAUAAUUUAUUGGUUUAAUUUAUCCUAAUUUAUUUGAUGAAGGUGUACAAUUUUGUAUUACCAAGGAUGUACUGUAAUAUUAAUUGAUAGGAUAAAACAAUGAGACUCCCUGUCCAUAUUAAGAAUAUAUAUUAAAAAAAGGUGCAGUAGACAAUUGACUUUAAAGUAAGAGUAAAACAGUUUAGUUUGGCAGCUACUAAAUUUUAAAACAGGAAGAA